UCCGGAAGUAAAUCUGUCACCCGGCGACAUAAAAAUGGCGGAGUCGAAGGAGGAGGUUGACGUUUUGGUGCAGAGAGUUGUCAAAGACAUCAGCAGCGCUUUUAAAAGGCAUCCUAACAUUGAUGAAAUUGGCCUCAUCCAGUGUCCGGAGGCACGCUACAACCGCAGCCCCAUCGUGUUGGUGGAGAAUAAGCUGGGCGUUGAGAGCUGGUGCGUCAAGUUUCUGCUGCCGUAUGUCCACAACAAGCUGCUGCUCUACCGCCAACGGAAACACUGGCUAGACAGAGAAGCUCUAGUGGAUAUUACUUGCACGCUUUUGCUGCUCAAUCCAGAUUUCACCACAGCCUGGAAUGUCAGAAAAGAGCUGCUGCAGUGUGGUGCUCUCAACCCAGAAAGGGACCUCUACCUGAGCAAGCUGGCUCUCACCAAAUUCCCCAAAAGCCCUGAGACGUGGAUCCACAGGCGCUGGGUGCUUCAGCACAUCCUGCAUCAGAUGUCUGCUGUGGUCCACAAAGCUCAGCAGCAGGUUGAAGCAGAGCCGCCUGAUGCAGAACGGACCCAUCUUUUAAAUAAUCACCUGGACAGGUUAAUCCACCAGGAGAUGAAGGUGUGCUCUGAUGCUGCCUGCCGCUAUCCUAGUAAUUACAACGCCUGGUCCCACCGCAUCUGGGUGCUGCAGCACAUGGCCAAGGGCGACAUAAAGGUUUUCCACGAUGAGCUGUCAUCUGUGCAUCGGUGGGUGUCCAUGCACGUGUCUGACCACAGUGGCUUUCACUACCGCCAGUUCCUCCUCAAGGAGUUAAUCAGCGAUCUGAGCCAGUCAUCUGAUUCGACUGGCACAACCUGCUGUUCAGCCCAGCACCGCAGUGCCAGUCCUCAGGCCAACGGUGAGCUCUCAUUGGCUGAUUCGGCCAGCGCGGAUAGGCUCUCUGCUGUCCUACAGCUUUUUCACCAGGAGAUUGAACUUUGCACCGAGCUGAUUGAAUCCUUCCCUGGACAUGAAGCCCUCUGGAGUCACAGGCGCCAUGUCUUCUACUUGUAUCACCAGUGGAAGCAGGAUCAGCAUCCCUGCAGCGACGGAAGAGAGAGCGAGUUAAACCUCCUGGGUACCAGCGACCCGGCAGGCAGCCGGCAAACGGGUGCCAGCCUUGAAGACAGCCGUGUGGACAGGCGUAGGCACGUUGGCGUACCGAUGGAGGUGGACGGGGUUUCCUUUCCCGACCAUGACAGCAAGCGUCUCAGGAGAGGAGGCCUUCUGCCCAGCCUCCAAAAUGAACACACCUUUAUCAACAGCACACUGAACAGCAGCUGUAACCCGGAGCAGAAGAACUUUGCUCUGGUAUACAGGAAGUGGUUGGAUACCGUGGUUAGUGCACAGUCUUAAGCCGCGUAAGAUCUCGGCCCGUAAGUUCAACACUAAAGUGGCUUUUAGAUACAAGUAGGAAUAACGUGCUUACCUGUAGAGCUAAUUCAACAUGGAGUUAGUUUCAGAAGUAGAGAGCGCACAGCUUUGGACGCGGUUCCUCAGAGGUGCCAUUUGAUCUGAGCCACCGAAACCUGCCUCCGCGGAGCCUGUUGGCGAACAACGCGUCCGUCUUCUUCAUGUGUUUCAAUGCCUUGGCUAACAAUCGUGUUACUCCUCAGACUUCAUACGUGGAAGAAAAUCCGACUUGAAUUUGUCGGCGUAGCAGAAUAAACUCAGACCAGAAUGUUGCAGCUGAAGAACCGGUCUUACUAACUAGUUGUUUGACUUUUAUUGUGUGAAAUUCAAAAAUAGCAAACGAGUAGAGGAAUUUAAAUUAAAUGAAAAUUUUCACCGGUUCUGUUUUUUCCACAGUUUUAGUAUGUUUCAUGUUACUGGAACCAGUAUCUUCUGGAAUCUCUGUUCUUCAAGCUGCAUUUUAACCCUUCAGCUCUAAAGAAGAACAUUUAAGACAACAGGGUCGGUGUUUUUGUUUAGUUUUUUUUUACCUUGAAACCUACUGAGCUCAUGUCACAUCCUUUUCCACAUGUAUGAACAAUAUAUCCUCUGAUUGCUUUUUAAUAAUGGUAAACAUAAUGGCAAAGUCAAUAAUUUACAAUAAAAGUUUACCCUCUUGUAGAUUUA